GGCCUGGGUUUCAGCCCCCCCGCACACUCCCGUCGUGACUGGAUCGGCCCCCCCGACAAGCACUCCAACCUGCGGCCGAUCGUCUUCUCCGUGCCCCCCGAGGAGUCACCCCUGGAGCGGCGGCUGCGGGAGGCGCGGCAGGAGGCCCAGGACUGCAACCAGCGUUUCUGGGCACAGCACAACUGCGCCUUCCGCCAGGAAAAAGAAGAAUUUAUUUAUUCAAGACUGAAAGCCAAGGGUCUGGAAAUGAGAGACGAAACAGGUCAAAAAGCAACACUGAAUGCAGAAGAAAUGGCUGACUUUUACCAGGACUUUCUAAGUAAAAAUUUUAGAAAGCAUAUGCAGUAUAACAGAGAUUGGUAUAAACGUAACUUUACUAUCACAUUCCUCAUGGGACAAGUAGCAUUGGCGAGAGCUCUGAGGCGGCUUCGUUGGAAAAAGAAAAAUAUUGGAGAUUAGUGAUCACUGCUCUAUGAAGAAUGCAACACUAGCUAGGCCUGCUAUAAACUUGUUGUCUAUAGUGAUGUUCAGAAUCUGAACGACUAAUGUAAUAAUUGCUUGAACCUCUUUAUUAAGCUAUGUAAAUAAAGGUUGCCAUUGGCCUUAAUUU